UCCUUUAAUUUUUAUUUGUACAAGGUGACAAUAUCAAAGUACAUUACUAAUAUUUUGGUUGUACCUGUUUGUGGGCCAAGCUAAAUCGUUCACAAAGUAUUAAAAAUUAGGUGGGUCAUUCUAGAAAUUUAAUUUUUUUUACAAACUAAACAUAACUUAAGGUUGGUACGUAACACUGAAUUGGUAUAUAAUAGUUGAUCCACACAUCCCUAUAAUUUAUCCUCCAACGUCUCAAAUUGCCUAUAAGCUACUGUCAUGGCAAUCUCAAUAGUACUGACCGUGAGACUCUGGCUAUUCGCUGUGGCUCUUACCUAUGUUUCUGUUCUUUACGGCAACUUAGGGAAGGCAGAUGAAGUACCUCAAGAUCAUGAUCCGGCUCAAAUUGUUGCCAAAGCAUUGCUAUGUUUCAAUGAAAAAUAUGUUUACAGUAGUUGUGAAGAAUCUCAAAGACUCAGUGAGAGCGGAAAACUCAACGUGCCACCUCAAAAGACCGAUGAAUACUGCAGUGGACCGUGCCUGACUGAAACAAACCUAGUGCUAAACUGCAUUGAAAACAUUUUAGAUAAUUUUAAGUUUUACAAUAAGGCCACAAUACAGGAUGUUAGAGAUACAGUUAAGGCAGCAUGUGGCAAUGGCCCAGAAAGAGGUAAUUUUGAUGUAGCCGAGCAUAUUAAAGCUGAAACAAGCAAUGCACACAAGGCCGUGAAUCAAAUUCUAUAUGGGCUUGGAUUGAUGAUCGUGGGGCAUGGUUUAUUGCCUUAAGAUGUGUACUAUAAUAUGAAUUCACUUCACGGGCUAUGUUUUCUGGCUUUGAUAUGUCAUAGAUGUAAUAAUUAAUAGUAUGUCGGUGUAAUGCACGAAGUAACUAAAAAUGAUAUACAAAUUUCUAAUAAAAAGUUUCAGUAAUCCUUUCUUAAUUU